AUGAAUGGUGGAGACGAUGUCACUGUGCACGCAGUUUUGGUGCCCUUUCCUGCGCAGGGUCACGUCAACGCUUUCAUUCAUCUCGCCGAUCUCUUGGCCGCACGGGGUUUUUUCAUCACCUUCGUCAACACAGAAUGGACUGAGAAACGUAUAUUUGGUAGUACAGAGCACAAGUCGCAACUGCAGCACUCCAAACCCAAUUUCCGAUUUUUGUCAUUCACGGACGGCUUAUCCCCGGAGCACGGCCGCUUCACCCAACUGGGCGAGCUACUUACAACGCUGGCAAAGCAAGGGCCCGCCUUGGAAGCUCUCCUCCGCACUGAGAGUGGGAACGGCGUUCCUCCCAUCACGUGCAUCGUGACAGACUCUUUCAUGUCGUGCACCGCAUCAGUGGCCGCCAAUAUGCGAGUGCCCAGAGUCGUCUUCUGGCCUAUUUGUGCUGCUGCCUCUAUUGCUCAGAAAUACGCUAGUUCUCUCCUUUCCCAGGGCCACAUUCCUGUCAAGGUAAGUGAAGGAAAACGUCCGGAGAAAAUGAUCAAUACUCUGCCCGGGAAUAUACCAGCUCUAUGGCCUAGCGAUUUCAUAUCGUUCUACCGCGAGCAGUUUCCAUCUGAUCUUAUCUACGAAGGGUUGCUAUAUGAAUCACGAAUGUGUGACACGGGGGACUAUGUGCUUGUCAACACCUUUGAAAAAUUGGAAGGGAGAGAAGCGGCAGCGGCGCUUUCCAUCAACGGGUGUCCAUCUGUGUCAAUAGGCCCCGUGUUUCUCUCUAACUUUUUGAGAGGGGAGAACUCAACUCUGAGCAACAUGUCUAUGUGGAAGGAAGACGAUAGCUGCUUGCAUUGGCUCGACAAACAACGCCCGCGCUCUGUGUUGUAUGUUUCCUUUGGCAGCUUGGCCCUCAAAUCGCAAGAGCAGUUGGAUGAGCUGGCGCUGGGUCUGGAACAGAGUGGGCAUGGCUUUCUGUGGGUUCUUCGCUCUGAUAUUGCUCAGGGGCAGGCUGCUGUUUUGCCUGAGGGAUUCGAAGAGCGAACCAAAGAUCGCGCUUUGUUUGUCAAAUGGACGCCACAGUUGAAGGUGCUUGCGCAUCCUUCGGUGGGAGGGUUUUUGACGCACAGCGGCUGGAAUUCGACCGUGGAGAGCAUAAGCAUGGGAGUGCCCAUGCUGGGCUGGCCUUAUUUCGGAGAUCAGUCCCUCAAUUGCAGAUUCACUAAAGAAAUAUGGAAGGUCGGCUUAGACUUUAAGGAUGUGGAUGUCGACGAUGAGAGGUUGGUGAGAAGAGAAGAGAUAAAGAGUGCAGUGGUGAGUGUGAUGGAGAGCGAGGAGUUGCAGAAGAAAGCGGAGGAGCUGAAAGAGGCGGCAACGAAAGCAGUGAUGGCAGGAGGUUCGUCAUUUAACAACUUAAAGACCUUCAUCCACGAUAUGCUCAAACAGACCAAAUCGCAGUCAGAGUCGUCUUUCGUGCACUGCGAAGAAACAAGUGAAAAAAAUGACAAUAUACACUAG